AGCGAGCUGGAGAGGCUGUGGCACUCCGGGAAGGUCGAGACGCGGGCAGGAGGACCGGCAGGCCUUGGGCGGUCACGAUUCACGCACGAAGGCGAGGCGAGCCAGUCGAGGCGGUGGGUGGCGCGAGAGCACCCGUCCCUUCUUCCUUCUGUGUGUGCGCGCCGUCGAGUCCGCUCCGUCGGCAGUGUCACUUCCCCUGCGCGCCAAGGACUUGAAGUGAAGUGAAGUUUUCGGUCUCCGUUGUUCGCAAACUUGUUGUGGAUGCUGUGCAGAUUCUGAAUAAGACUGGACAAACUCGAUCGCUAGAAAGCAAAAAAAAAAAAAAAAAAAAAAGGAUCGAAAAUACACAAGACUUUAUCAAUCCAAGGAUCUAAUGAUAUCAUAAGUGAACACCAAGACGCCAAGAAGAAUCAGCAAUUGCAUUCUUGGUUGCAGCGUAGCACCAUGGAGGAUCGACAGGCCGUGAGACCAAGGAUCUCUGCAUAUACCUGGCUUCUUUUGCUUGCAGUCGCAUCAGCUGCAGGAGACUUGGAGCCAACUUUUGGAAGAUGCUGCGCUUUUGGGGCCAACUGGGCGAGGGAGUCCCAGCUGUGCGCCACUUUUCCUAUACCUGUGGCUGGCGUGCCUUCGGAACACCAGUCUAUCUGCAUCACAGCGGCCGGAAUCUGCUGCCUUCGAUACUACAGAGAUAAGCAGUGUCAGCAAGGCAAGCAAGCAGCUCAAGCAGGCCAAGAAUGCACAGCUAUUACGGACGAGGGCGGCGAAUUUUAUAAGGACUGCUGUGAUGGUUGCAAGCUUGGCCUAGUCAGUGGAAACAUGGGAAUGGGAUGCAACUCCCGCUUUACGUUCGGUUUCCCCUGGGACACUGCCUAUUUCCACUGCUGCAACCAGGCAUCUGUUGCUGCCUCGGGUGUGUCAGAUCCUCAACAGCCAGCGUAUGGGGGCGGCAGCAGCAGUGCUGUUGACUUCAAUACACUUUAUCCGGGUGUCACCGACCCAGUUGGUUUAGUACCAGAAUCAGAAGAUCUCUGUGCUAAGUUCCAGGGGAAGUUGUGUGCCCAUGUGUGUGUCCCAACUCCAGGCUCUUACAGAUGCCAGUGCCGAGCUGGCUUUACUCUCUCGGUAGAUGGCAAGACGUGCAUCCAGGAAGCUGUUACUGAUAGAUGUCAAAUCAACAACCCGUGUGCACACAUUUGCAGAGAUACAGGAAUAUCUAUUGAAUGCUUAUGUAAUCCUGGCUAUGCAUUAGCACUCGAUCAGAGAUCUUGUGAAGAUGUCAACGAGUGCCUCACUGGUAUCCACGGCUGUGUGGACGGAGAACAGGUCUGUUAUAACGAAAUCGGCUCCUAUUCCUGCAUCAACGCCGACGGUUCCUUCUCCACCCCUGGUUCCUUGCAAGUGAUUGGUGGGCAUUCCAUCGGCGGCCUCGCUGGUGAUGGCCAGAGAGGGUCGCCGCUGGGGUCCUAUGACUUGACAAGAGUGUCAGAACAGAGGCAUUACUCUGCUUUGCCCGGAGGCAUUGGUUCUCAAGCGUAUCCAGGAUUAUUGCCUGAAGGAUACGAUAUCACCCAGACUGAAGGACGCUGUCCCCGAGGCUAUAAGUUUAAUCUUGAGACGAGGGUGUGUGAUGAUGUGGAUGAGUGCGAGGUAACAUCGGGUCUGUGUGGUCACGGGGGAAUCUGCCAGAACACCAUUGGUUCUUACAGUUGCACACAGAUUCCGGGGGUUGACUGUCCUCCUGGUUUUGCUUUUGAUUUAAACCUUCAAUCUUGUUUGGAUGUGGAUGAAUGCAUAUUGCAAACCGACAACUGCAACAGGACAUCGCAUUUUUGUGUGAACACUCGCGGAAGCUUCACUUGCCAGAAGAAAAGCGGCCCCACAGAGUGCAUCGCUGGCUAUAAGUACAGCGCUGAGCAGAAGAUUUGUAUAGAUGUGGACGAAUGCGACGAAAAUUUACACGGCUGUGACCCGGAGAGGGAGCAAUGCCGGAACACCGACGGGGCGUACGAAUGCGACGAGAAAUGCGACGAAGGCUUCCAGUUCAGCCUUGUUCUGAGGACGUGUGUUGACCAAGACGAGUGUGUGGACGAACCCUGCGAUCCCGGCUGGCAGUGUCACAACACAGUGGGAUCUUUCCUGUGUCAUGAGCUGCCAAAAGCCUUCUGUCCAGCGGGAUAUAAACCCUCGAACGGCACCACCACACGCUGUGAAGAUGUAGACGAAUGUGUUGAAGGUCUGCACACCUGUCAUCCAGAAACUGAAAUCUGCAUUAACGAGAUUGGCAAAUACCGCUGUGAAGAACUCAGUAUCAAUGAAGUUGAUUUUGGUGUUAACCCAUAUGAAGCCCUUCCGCGAGCCACGUUUCAGCCACCAGUUCAGGAGUGUGCUGAAGGCUUUGGUUAUGAUCUUAACACAAAGAGAUGUCUUGAUGUGGAUGAAUGCGGGGCUGGCUUGCACAACUGUACCUUGUCCAUCGAACGCUGUAUCAACACUUUAGGGGGCUUCAUAUGCAGACCAAGAAGAAGAUGUAAUGCUGGAUAUGCUCUUGAUCCAGUCACUGGAAGAUGUAAAGACGUGGAUGAAUGCUUGGCUGGUGUGGCUAAGUGUCUUCCUGGGGAGAUCUGCUUCAACACCGAAGGAGCCUUUGAGUGCCGUGUUGAGUGUCAGGAUGGCUUCAGAUAUGAUCCAACAGACCCAGCGGUGUGUGUAGAUAUCAAUGAGUGUCUCGAGUCACCAUGUAGACGUGGAACAUGGUGUGUUAACACUGAAGGCUCGUAUAGAUGCACUCUUUCAACUACCACAACUGCUACAUCAUCACCAGUUGUUACUACAAGUCCGGGACCUACUCCCUGUCCAGAUGGUUUUGGGAGAAAUCCAAACAAUCUACAAUGUGAAGAUAUUGACGAAUGCCUUGAGCGAGUUUGUGAGACAGAACAACUUUGCCAAAAUACCUAUGGCUCAUAUAUAUGCAUUUGGCCCCCAUGUGAUGAAGGUUACCGGAGGGAUCCGAAUACCAACGUCUGUCGUGAUAUUAAUGAGUGUGAUGAAGGAAGUGACACAUGCCAAGUUGGUGUAGAAGAAUGUGUCAAUACAGAGGGAGGCCACACGUGUCGAUCAAAACCAUGUCCAAUUGGAAGGAAAAGGGACCCCUCGAACCCUAGACGUUGUACUGAUAUCAACGAGUGCGAAACAACGCCCUGUGGUCCAGAGGAGCAAUGCAUUAAUACAAUUGGGUCUUAUCAGUGCCGCCGCCUGGCCCCUUGUCGCCCAGGCUUCAGAAGAAACAGUGAAAGCAGGCAGUGCGAAGAUGUGGAUGAAUGUGAAGAAAAUGACCCCUGUGAUGAAAAUGAACGUUGUGUGAAUACGAGAGGAAGCUAUAGGUGUCGUACUCUUGAAUGCAGUACAGGAUAUCAACGUGACAUAUUUGGACGAUGCAGAGAUAUUAAUGAAUGUGAAACUGGGGAACAUAAUUGUGAAGCUUCCAAAGAGGAAUGCAUCAACACGCAAGGAAGUUUCAGAUGCAAGAUUCUGCCAAACUGCACACAAGGCUUUAUAAGGGAUCCAAACACCCAAAAAUGUGUUGAUGUUGAUGAGUGCAAGGAGGGGACACAUGAUUGCCGUGGUGGUGAGAGAUGCUACAACCAGUAUGGUCAUUAUACCUGCAGCGGCUCCCCAGCUGACUGCACUAAAGGGUUCAGGUACUCUUCCUCAGAUAGACGGUGUCAUGAUAUUGAUGAGUGUGCAGAAAAUAUUGACUCCUGUGAAUGGUCCACUCAAACAUGUGUCAACUCUGUGGGCAGUUAUAGGUGCAUCCAUCAGAAGCCAACGUGUGACUUUGGCUAUAGGUAUGACCAUGAACAGAGGGCAUGCAUAGACAUUAAUGAAUGCGAAGAAGGUCGAGCUAUUUGCAACAAACUGACUGAGGUCUGCAUUAAUACCAAGGGUGACUACUGGUGUGCACCUGCACAUAAACCUGUGCGUGCCACAACAUCCUCUACCACAACCACCACCUCUACCACCACAACCACAACCACCACUCCUGCCCCUCCACCCCUUCCUCCUCGUCCUCAAGCUCCUCAGUGUCCACCUGGGACAUUAUAUAAUGCAGCAUAUAGAAGCUGUAGAGAUAUUGAUGAAUGUAAUGACAACCCAUGCAGAGAAUUUGAGGUUUGUGAAAAUACCCAAGGCUCAUACAAAUGUACAUGCCGGGAAGGUUUCCAAAGAAGUUCAUCUACUGGUGAAUGCAUAGAUCUAAAUGAAUGCCAGCUUGGUUUACACAACUGCGAAACAACACAAAGAUGUGACAACACUAUUGGCUCUUAUGCUUGUAUACGCAUUGCUGGAUGUGGUACAGGAUACACUUUGAAUCACAAUACUGGAGAAUGUGAUGAUGAUGACGAGUGUAUGCUUAACACUCAUGACUGUGAUCAGCUGGGGCCGAAGUAUGAAUGUUUCAACAUAAAGGGCUCAUUCCGUUGCGUAAAGAAGAUUUGCCCAAAUUUACAAGUUCUGAGCUUUAAUGGAACGUGUGUAGAUCUCACAUGCAAUCCUGGCUUUAAGCCUGUAAAUGAAGGGUGCAUUGAUAUUAAUGAGUGCGAGGAAAGAACAUCUCCUUGCCGCCGUAAUGAAAGGUGCAUCAACACCCAUGGGUCCUUCCGCUGCCGCCCACUUUUGAACUGUGGGGUCGGAUACCAAAUUAAUGAGAUUGGAAAUCAGUGUGUCGAUAUUGAUGAAUGUGCUGAUGGGACUCAUCAGUGUACAGGAAAUCAGCUGUGUUCCAAUCGCCAGGGCAGCUACAUAUGUCAGUGUCCACCUGGUUUCAGACUCAAUAGUUUGCGACAGUGUCAGGAUGUAAACGAAUGUGAAUCUUAUUUCGGAAAUAUAUGUUCAAAUACAGCAGUGUGUGAAAAUACAGAAGGUUCUUACCGCUGUAACUGCAAGAAAGGCUUCAAACACAAAGCAGAUGGACUUACUUGUGAAGAUGUGGAUGAAUGCAAUGAAGUGGAUGGAAUCUGUCAUCACAAUUGUAUCAAUGUUUGGGGGUCGUAUCAGUGCACUUGUCGGCCAGGAUUUACCAUUGCCAGGGAUAACAGGACAUGUACAGACAUAGAUGAAUGUUUGGAAUACCGUGGUCGAGGCCGGCUUUGUAUUGGUAUCUGUGUAAAUACCCCGGGGACAUUCAAGUGCUCGUGUCCUGAUGGUUAUCAGUUAGCAUCAGAUGGUCACACUUGCAAAGACAUUGAUGAAUGUGAAACUGAAUCCCCAUGUCGAGGGGAAAAUGAAGUAUGUGUCAAUACACGUGGAGGCUACAAGUGCAAUGCAAUUGAGUGCCCUGACUCCUAUACUCGAGACUUGGAACAUAAGAACCGAUGCAAGAAGGUCCCAGUGUUUUGCCGAGAUGAUGACGAGGUGUGUCGCCGCCAGCCACUCAGCUACUCCUAUAACUUCUUGCCAUUAGUGAGCAAUUUGACUCUUCCACCAUUGGGACAAGUAGAUCUCUUCACCAUGCGUGGUCCCCUUUGGUCAUAUACCACAGUGCAGUUUGAUUUGGAGUUGGAGUCUGCCCGAGCACCUCUGGGGGUUGAAGCUGCCAAGAGGGAAUACUUCCAUUUAAAACGAACCUCCUAUAAUCAAGCGGUUAUCUCUCUUGUAAGGCCCAUAACUGGCCCACAGGAAGUGCAACUAGCUCUAAAUAUGCAGCUUUAUCAUCAAGGGGCUUUUAGAGGAUCUGCUAUUGCAAAACUUCUUAUUUAUGUGUCUGAAUAUGAUUUCUAAUAUGUAAAGUAUAUUUAAAUAUGAAAUCUAAAAUCUUAAACAAUAUCUUUUUAGUUGGUGUUGUAAUACAAAAUGAAUAAUUAAAAAGAUAGAAAAAAAACUAUAUUUUUUUAUUUAGGUAUAUACAACUGUAUGUCAACAUCAGUAAUUAUUUAUCUUCCUAUAUAGCCACAUUAAAAAAAAAUAUAUAGUAACCUUUGAAAAGAUCAAAGCCACAGUGACAAAAUAUACUAUAUAAAUGAAUAUUCCCAUACAUAUAAGAAAUUGUUUUUACAAUAAAUAAAAGAAUAGAUGUAUGAAAAAAAUGUGUGCUGCCCCGCUCCCUCACACACACUCACACAUACCAGGAAAAGACAUUCGAUUGAAACUUGAAGGGUCAAAUGAAGAGCAUUGGUGACUUUGCAGAUUCAUGGUGGAAGGUGCUAUGUCAUAUUAUGUUUUAAAGACCAACCUAUAGUAUAUACUGGGUGGAAUGAUGGCCCGCCUCUGGUACAAUGUGUUCUGUACUGAAAUAUAUACUGAGGAGCUUGACAGAUUGAAGAAUACUUCUGUCUGUAGAGGUCUGAUGCCAGAACCUGGUAUGGCCAUUUGAUGUGCCUGAAUAUACUAAAUUCUGAUCAUUUAAGGAGUUUGCUUUUCAUUGUGCCUGGGUAACUAAUCUUGGGACAGACUGAACAACAUAUCACACCCAAGGAAAGAAAAAGUAGCUAAAACAAGGAUAGGCCAAAUGGAGUGUCUCUCACUACAAGAGAUUACUAGGUUUGAUGUACUGAUAGAAGUAACACAUGAUGAAAAUGAUGAUUUAAUGUGACAGUAUAAAAUGGUAUGGGAAAGGAGGCAGAGCAAAUAAAACAACAGAAAAAUUGCAUUCCAUAGCACCUUGUGUUUUCGUUUGCCUUGUUAUAUUUGUGUCCUUCCCCCAGUGUCUGUGGUUCCUUAGGGUCUGCACACACACACACACACACACACACACACACACACACACACACACACACACACACACACACACACACACACACACACACGCACACACACACACACACACACACACACACACACACACACACACACA